UCGUAGCGUUCCCGCGGGCUGCCCAACGGUCGUAAACACGAAUUUCUUUAACCGUCCACCCCCGCCCGGUGGCUGCAGCAAUUUCGUACGUUGUCGUCUUCCCUCGUACAACGUGUGUCUCCGGGCACCGCGAUCGCGACAGCCAAGUGCGUCCCCUCUCCUUCAUGGCUGACGUGUGCCGCAGGCUGCCUUUAUUGAUACUUGUCGCUAUACUGCUGCUUGUCGUUGUCGUCUUUCAUAUCUGCAUCCUCGGUCGCGUCCAUGGGAGGAAACAUAGGCGCCGAACGACGAAGGAGACCGGGAAGAUGGAGAAGGUGCAGACGAAGAGGACGAUGUCCGUAGGGGCUGGUGGGUCGUCACGUCAGCGUUGCAGCUCUGCGGAAGGCGGCAGAAGCCCGUACGACCCGACGCUGUACAGCCACCUGCCGUCCCACGAGAUUCCAUUGCCUCCGAGUGACGACGACAGCGACGAGCCCCGAUCAUCAACGGUUCCUCUGGGCAGUGGUUCGACGCAGGAUUGGAUGGGGAGCCAGCUGUACAGACAGACGCCGACGUACACUGAUCUGCUAGAGGGGCGGACCCCGGUUGGUUAUGACGGAGGGCUUGUAGAUCUCAGCUUCGGUUUGAGGUCUGGGAGUGGCCAGGACGUCACGCACACCGUUCUCGUGAACCCGGGUUCUGCCAGCAACCACACAGCGCCUUCGGUGGGGCCGUGUGGCCUUCCUGACACCCGCGGCCGGGGUUCUGGUCAUUCGGGCGACGAACGUGGACUCGUUUCGCGAGGGCGGACGGCAGUGGGCACAACAGGUGUUCGUGCGGAGGGGACGAGGACAGGUGGAUCGACAACGGCAGGCGGCGCAGUCCACCGAGGAGGGGAUGACGCUGACGGCUACGCUGCGGAGGUUGCGGGGCAAGAGGUUUGGGAUGAUUACCUGCGACAAUCGCGACAAUCUAGCACGUCCGCCAUAACGAGAGGGGUGACGAAGAUCAAUGUACGGGCGGACGACACACCCGGCGAUUGCGAUGGUGCGGGUGGUGAAGAUUUGUCGGCAGGCAACGGGGGCAACGACAACGACGACGACGACAACGGGGAGAUGGAGAUUCGUCCUCUGGGGAAGAAACGGGGAGGGCCGAGGGCGACGAGCAAGUCCAGCGAGCCGCGCGCGGGGCGGAGAGGCAAGAAGACUGCGGGAGAUGCAUCGGCAGGCGACGGAGCGAAAAGCAGGGAUUUUUGGACCGUGGAACUGAUGAUUGCUCUUGUCAGAGCUAAAAGAGACCAGGAUUUGCAUCUUGCUGGCCUCGGGCACAACAUGGGAAGGAUGAAGACGAAGACAUGGAAGUGGGCCGACAUCGAGAGCAGGCUCGUGCAGAUGGGGGUGACGACUAGAAAGGCCGAUGACUGCGGAAAAAAAUGGGACAACCUGUACAUGCAGUUCAAAAUUGUGCACAAGUUCAUGGGAGAAUCGGGGAAGCCUGAUUUCUUCUCACUGGCGCCGCGGGAGAGAAAGGAGCGGGGGUUCGAUUUUCGGAUUGACGAGCAUGUGUAUUCGAAGAUGAUGGCCAUGUCCAAGGGCGAUCACACUAUACACCCCACGAAUCUGGCGGACACGGGUGCGGCGGGAGGUGUUCAACUACCAAGUCGAACUGGAGGUCGGAACGAAUCAGGCGGUAGUGACGGAUGCGGUGAUGGGCAGGACGACGAUCAAGGAUCGACGAGGAAUUCAAGUUUCAGCGGCAGUGCUGUGGGCGGGUGCGGCAAAAGGAAGAAUGUGAGACAACAGACCUUCGACACGAUUGAGGACGUCAUGAAUGUCAGGGGCGCCUCAACCAUGGAUAAAGGAAUGGGCGGCAGGCCAGCACUUCCCGCCCUUUGCGCCUCCACUCUCAAGCUUUGUGCACCGCGUGCAGUCCCCCCUCACGCGCCGCAAUCACGUGCUCUUUUUUCUGUGGCCAUAAUCGUCGCGGCUCCUGCCGACCACGACUGCGCAUCGUCCACGUGCUCCUUCGUCGACGUGGCCGUCGUCGAUCUCCAAGCGUCGUACUUCCACGUGCUCCUUCGUCCACGUGUUCGUCGUUGCGGAGUUGCGGACGACAUGGCCCCGAGGAACGCAUCAGCGAAGACCAGGCAAAAUAGCGGGGCGGGCGACGAGGGGGAAACCAAGAGAGGCAGAGGGCACAUCCCUAAGCCGAAAAGGCAGCACGUUGAAGAGUCGAGCUCCGAGCACACUGCAGACUUCCAGCCAGAAGAAGUGGUGAUGGUGGACGUGCAAGGCACUUUAGCGGCGCCGCGAUUGGGUUUCGGGCGAGAUGGGUUGACGAGGGAACAGGUGUCCGCUGUGAAGCAAAGCAUUGUUGUUGGUGUUGCCGGGGCGUCGCAAAGGACCCCGAAGGCGGCAGGGGUUGUCAUAACGGAGCCACUUCCACUGGAACGGCUGGGGGCUUCAGGGCGGGGGAAAGCACAACCCGCUCAAAAGGGCGAUGCAACGACGAUCGGCACGCAGACGGUGGCGGCGGAUCGCAGUGGUAGAACCGGAGUCGUCGAAGGUGCGGGCGAGGAGAGGGUAGACGACGUCCGCCACGACGAGGGAAGAAGAGACGAGAAGCGAGAGGGCGACGACGACGACGACCGUCCACUUGUGACGAGGUUGAAGGGAGCCGCAAAGGAGGAUGAUCUGGAGGAAAGAUCGAAGUUGUGGGUUGAUUGCGACUCUUUCUGGGGUCAGGGACCGGGGAAACCCUUGAGGGAGGCGGUUAGGGAGUGUGCAGACUACUUCAUCGCAAUCGCCAACAGAGACGCGGGAGCAAAACCGCCUGUGAUGCUCAUACUGCCGCCGAACGACGUGGCGCGCUUCAAGAUCGACGACCCUGCGCAGCGUGAACGGGCUCUGCGCAGAGCGCGCAAUGUCGAGAAACUGGUGUUGCGCGCCAUCCACGGCUAGAUCUUCAAAUCGUCGUCGCGGUCGGCUGGAUUCGCUCGUGCAGAGUCGUACAUUAGUGUCGACAUUGCCACAGAC